UUUGCCCCUUUAAAGGGUUCCCCACACAAUGCUGGGUGUGUUGAAUUUUUUGACAUUAGGGUGCUGGCAGAGUGACGGGGCCUCUAUAGCUGCAGCCAGGCCCUAAUCUGCCUAUGGCCCCAUAUAUACCGCCUCCUCAUGCUGCUGCCAAGUCCUGAGUCUGCAUGGCCCGGGUCCCUGUAUGGCCUCCCAUUGCUGCUGUCUUCCAUCGCCACACUCUGCCAUGUGCCACUUUCAGGGUCUCGCUCACAAUGCUGGGUGUUGUAGUCUGUCAUGGGUCCCUGUACGGCUCUACCAUUGCUGCUGUCUCCAUCGCCACACUCUGCCAUGUGCCACUUUCAGGUCUUCCUCACCCCACCUUGCUGGUGUGUUGGAUUUUUUGA